AUGCAUAUAUAUUUAUGAUCAAUAUAUCUUCUUGUCCUGUUGUUCUUUGUCUCUUGAUUCUAUUUUGUCAGAUAUUAAAUCUACUCAAGUAGAAAACGUGAAAUUACUGGAUCGUUAUGUAGGUAAGAAACCAGCUAAUGGGAGUCUAUAUCUUACUGCAACCCACCUGAUCUAUAUGGAGGCUUCUGGUGCAGCCCGAAAAGAGACAUGGAUUGCACUGCAUCAUAUUGCCACUGUGGAGAAGUUGUCCAUCACUAGCCUGGGUUGUCCCCUGAUCCUCCGCUGUAAGAACUUCCGGGUGGCCCACUUUGUUUUAGAAUCUGACGUUGUGUGCCAUGAGGUUUACAUUUCACUGUUAAAGCUUUCUCAGCCAGCAUUACAUGAAGAUCUGUAUGCUUUUUCUUACAAUCCCAAAUCCUCAAAAGAGAUGAGGGAAAAUGGAUGGAAGCUGAUUGACCCAAUAUCAGACUUUGGACGUAUGGGACUUCCUAACAGGUACUGGACCAUAACAGACGCCAACAGAAACUAUGAGAUAUGCAGUACCUACCCUCCUGACAUUGUGGUUCCUAAAUCUGUUACAUUGGGAACGGUGGUUGGAAGUUCGAAGUUCAGAAGUAAAGAACGUGUGCCUGUGCUCUCCUACCUCUACAAAGAGAACAAUGCUGCCAUUUGCCGCUGUAGCCAGCCUCUGUCUGGAUUUUAUACUCGUUGCAUAGAUGAUGAGCUCCUGCUAGAGGCUAUUAGCCAGACGAACCCAGGGAGCCAGUUUAUGUAUGUUGUAGACACCAGACCAAAGUUAAAUGCCAUGGCCAACCGAGCAGCUGGGAAGGGGUAUGAAAAAGAAGACAACUAUUCCAACAUUCGCUUCAGGUUCAUGGGCAUUGAGAACAUCCAUGUGAUGCGGAGCAGCCUGCAGAAACUCUUGGAAGUUUGUGAAUUGAAAACUCCAACAAUGAGUGAAUUUCUUAGCGGCCUGGAGAGCUCAGGGUGGUUGAGACACAUUAAAGCUAUUAUGGAUGCUGGAAUUUUCAUUGCAAAGGCAGUGAAGGUAGAAAAGACCAAUGUCUUAGUCCAUUGUUCUGAUGGGUGGGACCGCACAGCACAGGUCUGCUCUGUGGCCAGCAUCCUCCUAGAUCCAUUUUAUAGGACAUUCAAAGGACUCAUGAUCCUGAUAGAGAAGGAAUGGAUAUCCAUGGGCCACAAGUUCUCCCAAAGGUGUGGCCACCUGGAUGGGGACUCUAAAGAAGUAUCCCCUAUCUUCACACAGUUCCUAGACUGUAUCUGGCAAUUAAUGGAACAAUUUCCUUGUGCCUUUGAGUUUAAUGAAAAUUUCUUGCUGGAAAUUCAUGACCAUGUCUUCUCCUGCCAGUUUGGGAACUUCCUUGGAAACUGCCAGAAGGAUCGAGAAGAUCUGAGAAUCUAUGAGAAAACCCAUUCCGUGUGGCCUUUCUUGGUUCAGAGGAAACCAGACUUCAGGAACCCUCUCUAUAAAGGCUUCACUGUGUAUGGGGUACUCAAUCCUAGUACUGUGCCCUACAACAUUCAGUAA